GAGGGGAGAGAGGGAGGAUUUCUGCCUGGCACGUGGAAGGGCUGUAUUUCACAGAGAGAGAGGCUUCAUCUCAUUUAGAGUUUGAGGAAUGCAUGGGCUGUGCUGGAGAGUGACAGGAGCAGUUAGCCAGCAUUGAGUCACUGCGUUAAACUCAUUUUAUAGACACUUUUCUUCACAUCGGCGCCAAACAGCUGCCACGCUUCCCUUAAACCCAGGCUGACGCUCAAAGCAUCAAUGAAGUGACUCUUAGCGCAAUAUUUUGAUGACUGCAAACUCAUUUUUCCUGUAACCGGCUGUUCAGUCAGUCCAUCAGUGGAUGGGGUCUCUCCGGGUGGAUCGUAGGCAGUGAGCGUGAGCCGUUCAGGAUUGUGUAUAUGAUACUGGAGUGUGUGAGGAUGGCAUUGUGUGUAUGGACCUUCUUGAUCAUGCUCUGCAUGACACCACGGAUCACAUCUGCAACUCAGUCAACAAAAAACCUGUAUCCAAGAAUACGACUGUCGCAUAAAGAGCUGUGGGAUUUAAACAGGACAUGGGUGUUUCAGACCGGAGAAGGUCAUCUGCAGCACUACAGCAUGUUACUAGAUGAGACUCGGGAAAGACUGAUCAUCGGAGGCAAAGAGGUCCUCUAUUCCCUAAACCUGGAGCGCAUUGCUGCCCCUCACAAACAGAUUGAGUGGUCGAGCUCUGAGGAACGGGUGGGGAAUUGUUUAAUGCAAGGCAGAGAGAAGCCGGAGUGUGCUAACUACAUUAAACUGGUGCAGCAGUAUAACAGCACCCACCUGUUAGCAUGUGGAACUGGAGCUUUUAACCCCGUCUGUGCCUAUAUCAGAGUGGGACAUGGAAGUGAGCCGGAGCAAGAAUUUAGCUUGGAGUCUGAUCACAUUGAGAGCGGCAGGGGAAGAUGCCCGUUUCAUCCCAGCAGUCCUUCAGCAUCCACUGUGUACCGUGGGGAGCUGUUUGUUGGCCUGUACACGGAUUACUGGGAGAAUGAUGCUGCUGUGUAUCGUCUGGCCAAUCAUCGCUUCAUCCGGACCGAAGUGGGAGACAAACAACAGCUGAAUGAGCCCAAGUUUGUGGGAUCGGCAGUGAUCCCUGACAAUGAUGAUCCUGCUGAUGAUAAAGUCUAUUUCUUCUUCACGGAGCGAGUGGACAACAUGGAGGCCGGAAACAAAGCCGUUUACACCAGAGUGGGCAGAGUCUGUGCGAAUGAUCAAGGUGGUCAGAGGAUGCUGGUGAACAGGUGGAGCUCUUUCCUAAAGACUCGUCUUAUCUGUUCUGUGGCCGGUCCUAAUGGAAUCGACACACACUUUGAUGAACUCGAGGAUGUGUUUGUUCUGCGAAAGAAAGAUGAGAGAAACCCAGAGAUCUUUGGGCUGUUCAGCACAACCAGUGCCGUUUUCAAAGGAUACGCCGUGUGCAUGUACAGCAUGGAAGACAUUCGUGCGGCAUUCAACGGGCCUUUCGCCCACCGGGAACGAAGCGACCACCACUGGAGCAUGUACGAGGGUCGAGUACCCUUCCCGCGCCCCGGAUCUUGUGCCAGUAGGAUAAAUGGAGGACAGUUUUCCAGUUCUAAGGAAUAUCCGGACGAGGCUCUUCGGUUUGCGCGUUCACAUCCACUCAUGUUCCAGGCGGUACAACCGGUUCACAGACGACCCAUUUUGAUGGACACGGAGGGAGGACGCAGACUCACGCAGCUGGCGGUCGACAGGGUUGAAGCUGAGGAUGGACAUUACAAUGUUCUCUUUAUUGGAACUGAUAAUUCAGUUGUUUUAAAAGUCAUCACAAUCUACAACAAAGAAGCCAACACGGUUGAAGAAGUCCUUCUGGAGGAAUUGCAGGUUUUCAAGGUCCCCGUUCCUAUUACUGAGAUCAUCAUCUCUACCAAAAGACAACAGCUGUAUGUGGGCUCUGAGCUGGGUGUCACACAGGUCCGUGUACAUCAGUGUGGACUGUACGGAUCGGCCUGUGCCGACUGCUGCCUUGCCAGAGAUCCUUACUGUGCCUGGGAUGGAUUCACAUGUUCCCGGUACUACCCUGCUGGCCACUUUACCAAGAGACGCUUCAGACGGCAAGACGUUCGCCAUGGCAAUGCAGUGCAGCAGUGCAACGGUCUUCAGCUUAGCGAGGAGCAAAGCAUCUCAGAAAAGCUGGUGUAUGGUGUGGAGAACAAUAGUACAUUACUGGAGUGCAGACCACGAUCACUACAGGCGUCUGUAACGUGGUACAUUCAACGUGGUGUGGAAAUGAACGAGGUAAAAGGUGAUGAACGUUUGAUUCUCACACCCCACGGCCUGUUGCUUCUCAGAGUCUCAAAGGGAGACGCGGGAGUCUACGUGUGCCAGUCCACGGAGCACGGCUUUGUACAGACGGUGGUACGCGUCACUUUAGAGGUGUUGGAUGAAGACAAAGUGGAAGGUGUUUUGCAUAAAGGAGAGUUGGAUGAAGACGGUGACUCCCAGCACAGAAGUCCACUCUGCCCCUUCCCCAUCCUACCCUCAUCCUCUUCUAAACACUGGUAUAAGGAUUUCAUGCAGCUGAUUGGCUACAACAACUUUCAGCACGUGGAACAGUACUGCGAGAAGGUAUGGUGUGUGUCGGACAGAAAGAAAAAGAAAAUGAAGGGUAUGGCGCCCAAAUGGCGAUACGCGGAGCAACGGGGACGAGCGAGGGCCCCUCGACACACGCAGGGACAUUAAAGAUCAUCAGAGGAGGAAAUGAACCCCUAUAAUGCUCAGCGAUGCUAAACAGACACUUAAAUGUUUAUAGAUGUUAUAAAAAGAAUCAAUGAUUGAUAAAGUCAUUACAGCGUUACAGUCUUACGAUUACGUUCUGACAGAUAUUAAGUGCGUAAAACUGGCCUUUUUCAAUUAAAUAUAUUUUACAAAUACGUAAUUUUAACAAACGAUGCACCCUUCUUGGACUCCAGUCAUAUCAGUUUGAAGUUAUUUUAUCCUACUUGAAUUAAAGGCGGGGUGCAUGAUUUUUGAAAAACUCUUGGAAAAUGGAGUCAGACCGAGUACCAAACACACUUGUAGCCAAUCAGCAGUAAGAGGCAUGUCUACUAACCGACGUCAUUGCCUGGAUUUCAAAUAUCAACCUUAGCUUUCAGAGAUCAUGCACCCCGCCUUUAAGUCAAAAGUCCAUUUAGGGAAGUCGGCCCGUGCGGCCAUGUUUGCAAUGCCUCCGUGCAGUUAUUUCAGUCAUGCUAAACUAAAGUGCUAUCUACUUGAAUGGGGACAGACAGGUAUCACAAUUAAUCAACAUAUUAAACACUGUACCAUAUCUUUUGUUUCUUAAUAUUAAAAAAUUGUGCUUAAAAGACCUUUUUCAAUGUUGUUUUAGCUAGUGCGCAUGCGCACAAGUUGGCAAGCACCUCAUUUGACUCUGUAAAGAGAAUCAUCAGUCUUCAUUGAUUAAAGGAUUAGUCCAUUUUCUUAAAA